AUGAAAUUUAUAGUGCUUCUAUCUUGCAGUUUAGCGUUAGAGAACGUGAUCGUCGCCAAAAACUACGAGACGGACAACAAAGACAACGAGACGGAUCUGACCAAACUAGACCGACGCCUGAAGAUUGUGAAUGGCUGGCCGACAACGAUCGAGAAGUAUCCAUUUACCGUAUCCCUUCAGGAUCGACGUCGACAUGGGAGAUAUGGGCAUAUGUGUGGUGCCUCUAUAAUUGGACGUCACUGGAUCAUGACUGCCGCACAUUGCUUGACGAAAGAAUAUAGUAAUCAGCUGAUGGAUAACGUCAUGCAGCUUCGAAUUGUUGUAGGAGCAACAACGGUCGAACCAGAGCCCGAUGCAGCUGCAGUAUACCAUAGCAUAGAAAGUGUGCACGUCUCUCCCUGUUGGAUGGUGAGACCGAAAAAAGUGGUCGAGUGUGACAUCGGGCUCAUAAAAACCACCAAGGCUAUCGACUUCACGACUCGGGUGCAGCCCGUGAAGCUGUGGAAGUACACCCCGGUCUACCGACUCGGCGAUGUCGCGGUGUUAGGCUGGGGCAAGACCGCCCGGGAUCAGAGAUUGCCACCACAGCCGAACACACUCCGUGGCGUCUAUUUGCAACCGAUCAAAUGCCACAAUUAUCGAACGUUGUGCUUGAAGGCCGGCUACGGAUAUGAUGCUGCUCACGGUGAUUCCGGUGGCCCGGUUGUUGCGCACGUCAAGAUGGUACAGGGAGAGCCCGAAUAUGUCCAAGUCGGCAUCGCCAGCGGCGGAUUUCGUAAAUUGGAGGGUAGAUGGCAUAAUCGAAACACGGAUGUCGCCGAAUUUUGUGACUGGAUCCGGGACACCACCAAAUCCGAUUUCUGCUUCCGGAAACCGAACCAA